UAAAGCAUUAUUUUCCUUUGUGGUUGUUUUCUUUACAUCGAAAAAAUUUGAUAGGUGAAGAGGGGAAAAAAGGGGAGAGAGAAUACGCCUUGUCGCCUUAUUACCAAUGGCUGAUAGUAUCCUCACAAAUCUAGCCCAACAACUAGGAGCCCUUGCUUUAGAAGAAUACAAAGUGUCAAAGGGUGUGGGAGAUGAUCUCAAGUCUCUCGAAAAAGAGUUGAGAUUCAUGAAGAAAUUCUUAAGAAAUUCCGAGGGAAAACAACAAGAUCAUGAAUUAGUGGAGGAGUUGGUAAAUCAAAUUAAAGAGGUUGCUUUUGAGGCUGAGGAUAUAAUUGAAACUUUCCUCUUGAAUGUUGAGACACAACGAGGAAGGACAACAUUUGGGAGGGUCUUACACGGCCCAGGGUAUGCAAUGAUGCUUCAUGGAGUGGCGAAAAGGAUUGAUGCUAUCAAAGCGGAUAUCAGUGGAAUAUAUGCUAAUAAGGAAAAGUAUGGGAUUGAGAUAGGCGAGGGAAGUAUGAAUCCGCACUUUGAGGCCACCCUUCAAAGGCGAAGAAAGGAGGUCGAUGAAGAAAUGGUGGGGUUUGAGGACGUGACUAACACCUUAUUAAAGCAGCUCACAGAAGGAUCAAUUGGAUUGGAAAUCAUUUCGAUAGUUGGGAUGGGCGGCCUAGGGAAGACGACAAUUGCCAAGACGCUAUUCAACAACAGGAUCAUCAAAGACCAUUUUAAGAGCCAUGCUUGGGUGUCAGUAUCUGAAGAAUACAACACUAGUCAGGUCAUCACUGAUAUCCUCAACAGAGUGGCACCCAACAUGAAUGGCUUGGAGGAUUUGGGAAACGACAAGUUGAAGGAGAUGCUAGGAGACCGCCUCAAGGACAAAAAGUACAUAGUCUUCUUGGAUGAUGUAUGGCAACAAAGCAUGUGGGAUGAAGUAAAGGCUUACUUCCCCAACAACAGAAAUGGGAGUAGGAUUGUCAUCACCACCCGUAUAGCUCAAGUGGCUAGGCAUGCUAGUCAUAGGGAGCCUCAUUUUCUCCGAUUUUUCACCCCGGAAGAGAGUUGGGAACUUUUUGAAAAGAAUGUGUUUCGAGGGGAUCCUUUUCCUCCUAACCUCAAAUCCUUAGGGAUGAACAUCUUGGAGAGAUGCAAGGGUUUACCCCUGUCUAUUGUGGUUAUAGCGAGUAUGUUAGCUAGCCAAGAGAAAUCGGAAAGGAUAUGGGAAAGGACACUUCAGGAUGUGAGUGUUCACCUUGGCAAAGAUGAAGCAUGUCUGGAGAUACUGGCAUUAAGUUACCAUAAUUUACCGGUAGAGUUAAAACCAUGCUUUCUCUAUUUUGCAGCCUUUCCUGAGGAUCAUGAGAUGUCUGUUCGAAGGUUGAUUGCCUUAUGGCUAGCUGAGGGGUUCAUACAACCACUUGGAGAGCUGACUUUGGAGGAGGUGGCUGAGAGUUACCUAGAUGCUCUUAUUGAUAGAAGUUUGGUCCAAGGUGGAACUUUGAGAGCAGAUGGCGGACUCAAGACUUGUCGCAUUCAUGAUCUAAUACGAGAUCUUUGCAUUAGAGAAGCUAAAGGAGAAAACUUCAUGUGGGCAGCUUCUAAGAUCAGUAAUCCCUCCUCGGUCUUAAACAAGAGCAAGCCAAGAAGGUUGUCAGUCCAUCGCCACACAACACGUACAAUCCUAUCAAAAGAAUGGGAGCCUUCUUCAAUGCGAGCAUUCUUAUCCUUUGAAUCCCAAAAUACUUAUGUGAGCUCAACAUUCUGGAAGAAGUUGUACACUGAGUACAAGCUGCUAAGAGUCUUGGACUUGGGAGUAGCCAUUAAAAUUGAAACUAUGCCAGACAACAUCAGUCGUCUCUUCAAUUUGAGGUACUUAAGGUUUUUUCUUGACGAUCUUAACAUUCCAUAUGCAAUAUAUUAUCUUCGAAACCUUCAAAUUCUUUUUGUAGAGGGUAAUGCAUCACAUAAUAUUUCUAUGGGAUUGCUACUAGAGCUACAAAAGUUGCAGCAACUCAUCUUAGGAAACAGUAUUACUAGGCUAUAUGGUAAUCCAACAACUAUGCUACCCAAGAAGCAACUCAAUAGCCUCCGAGCCUUAACUUCUAUUUACCCUGAUAGUGUUUUCGAAUGUGCUAUAAUGAAUGGACUUUGUCCAAAUCUUAGAAAACUCUCGGUAUGUUGUUCUAAAGACCAUGAAUGGUCAUUAAAGAACUUCCUAGCAAGUUUACAUCAUCUCCAGUCUUUGAAAAUAUCCUUCUUAGAUGCCUUUCAUAACAAAAUUAUAUUCAAAGGUGUUAGUGAAGCUGAACUUCCAUUAUGCCUCACCAAGAUUACAUUGAAAUUGUCCGGAUGGUUAGAGGAUGUCUUACAUAUGCUUGGAAAGUUUCCCAACCUUCGCAUCCUCAAACUAGUAGAUGUGAAUUAUUCCGGCCUUACUAUAAGAGAAGGUUCAUUCCCAAGACUUCAUACCCUCCAUUUGGACAAUCUUCGUGGAGGGAAAGUGACAAGUUAGGCUGUACACAACUGCACCAUCUCUUUUGUUAAAAGAUGUACUUGUAUAUUUGACAAGUAUCUAUUCAUGUUGCCUAGCCUUAGAGAUGUUGAAGUUUUGUGGCCAGAACCUUCUUUGGCACAAAAGUUGGAGGAAGUAAAACAAGAAAACAAAAAUAAGCCUUACUAUAGGCUUCUAGUCUACAAAGGCGAAUAACAAUCAGCAAUGUUUGUUUGUUCAUGGAAUUGUCAGUUGGCGACAUCACCAAAAUAAUAUGUAUCCCUGAUAGUAUGUAAUUUUCUUAAGUCGUUACAUAUUAGGUAGAAUUUGAAACCGUGUUAAAAAUACGAGUAUUAUAAAUUGAAAUGUUGCUACAACUCUCAAAUUGGGUGUCCAAAUCAGGUUCGGGUUAAAUUUGGUUCAUAACCA